AUGCAGCAAGCAGCAGAGAGAUGCAGAGUUCGAGCCAGAAGGCCUGACAUGGCACUUUAUAUACCGAAAGCUCGAAGGGGUAUAGUGCUGCUUAAGUCAGGUGAUGAAGAAAAAAGCUGUGGUCCACCUAACUCUGUGGUGAAAGAAGAACAAAAAGAAGAUGGUCUCUUCCAAAAGGAGAUCUUUAGAGGCAAAUCUGAGACUCAGACACUAAGCAUUAAUCCUGAUGAUAAGGAACACAACCAUAGGGAAGGAAAGAAGUUUUCAACAAAAUUAAGAAAAGACACAUGCCUUCAAGAAAGAAAGAAAGAUAGGGUUUGUGUUAGGAGGGGAACCACAGAAUCUAAAGAAGCAUUAUCCCAAGGACAUCAGCAAAGUGUCCCAAAUCCUGGGAUGCUACCUAGUGCACCUUUACAAAGACACGUUAAACCAAAGAAGGUGGAGUGUUUGGAGGUCGAAACCACAAAUGUGAUAGGACCUGGGAAGUUGCUUCUAUCUCAGUCUUGUUCAGAAGUGGGUGAGGCCCAGGCUCUAAACAAACCAUUCCAAAAUAUGGAAUUCUGUGAUUUCAGUAGGCACAAAGUAAGUGGCAAAACGUUCAAAGGCAGAGAUUUGGAAAACAGAAUUGAAACUGAUGUCAAGGUGGUGGAGAUACUAUCCCAGUUUCCUGGAGUUUUUAAUUCUGUAUUGAAACCUGAGAGUAAGACUGUGGCAGUAAAACUAAGUUCUGAUUCUGAAACUGUACCAGAAAGUAUGCAAACAUCGUGUGGAAUGUUGACUCUCGGCAAUGGAGGCAUCACUGCCAUUUCUGUUCCUGGAAGUACGGAUGGUGUCACUGAUCAAACUUGUGUAGACUUUGAAGCUGAGAAUGUUGGUGAUACAGCCAACAGUACAGAUAUCAUCUUGGCUCAGAGAGGUAUAGAUUCCAUUCCUGAGACUUUGGGUCACAUCUCUCAUAAAAUGACCAUAGUCAGCAAAUUAGAGAGUAUAAAUGGCAUUUUUGAUCCAACACUGAUUAGAGAGUAUGAGAAGAAUGACAGUACUGCUGAUGACUUGUGUAUAAGGUAUGAACCUUCUGAUACAGCUCUCCUUGCUCAUGAAACAGAUCUAGAUAAUGGGCUGAAGAGUGUAGGUGACAUUACCCAUAAGGCAUGUAAGAUGGACAUUACAGAUGUCCUGUCUGAUCAGAUAACUGUGGGCAGCCCUUGUGUAGCUGCAGUUAGAACAGCUGGUGAGGCCUGUAGCAACACAAAUAGUUUCUCAAAAUAUUUAGAAAUGAGUGCAGAUACAGCCCCUCUUCAUGUAGCUGGGAGUGGGAAUGACAUAGAAAAUUUCAGUAGCCUGACUGCUUGCUCAGAUAUUUAUGCUGAGAGUAUUUCAUCUAGUUUCACAGAGUCAACAGGAAAGUUGAUAGAGAGCUUGUCAGAUUGUGCUUCCUCCUUACCUAUAAAGAAGAUUGCUGGUAGUAAUUGUAGCACUUUUUUGGACUGUGAACUCAGUGUGUUAAAUGGGACAAAAGUACUUUCAGACAGUGCCUUGGGCAUUGAUCUAGAUUGUACGGGUGAUAUAACAAAGGCAUUGCAUGAACUAAAAACUGCCGAAGAGUUCGAAACAAAAGAGGAAGAUCACUCAGAGAAUAUAGAGUUUGGUGUAUCCUUUCCUGAUACGGAAUCUGUAUCUAUGGAAACAUCUAUGGAACCGAAAGCAACGGAAACAUCUCAUGUGGAGGGAAGUACUGCUACUGAGGACAGCUGGGAGUCUCUGUUUAAUGAUGAUGGUGACUGCUUGGAUCCACGUCUUCUACAAGAGGGAUUCUUAAUACAUAAAAGAAGCAAAAAUCAUUGUUCAAAGUUAUCAGGGAAUAUGAAGAAUAGAGAAAGCAUCCAGGAACCUAGAUUUGAUUAUUACAACCAUGAAGUUUCUGAUAUUGACCUCAGUGAUUGUGAAUUUCCACAUGUCAUAGAAAUUUAUGACUUCCCCCAAGAAUUUCGUACUGAAGACCUCCUGCGGGUUUUCUGCAGUUAUCAAAAGAAAGGAUUUGAUAUUAAAUGGGUGGAUGAUACACACGCCCUAGGAGUAUUCUCCAGUCCAAUUACAGCUCGUGAUGCUCUGGGUAGUAAACAUACCAUGGUGAAAAUCAGGCCAUUGUCACAGGCCACAAGAGCAGCCAAGGCCAAAGCUAGAGCUUAUGCCGAGUUCCUCCAGCCAGCAAAGGAGCGUCCUGAGACUUCAGCAGCCCUAGCCAGAAGGUUAGUCAUCAGUGCCCUUGGGGUUCGAAGUAAACAGAGCAAAACAGAAAGGGAAGCAGAGCUCAAGAAACUGCAGGAGGCCCGAGAGAGAAAGCGACUGGAAGCCAAGCAACGGGAAGAUGUCUGGGAAGGCAGAGACCAGUCUGCAGUUUGAACAUCACUUAAGGAAAUGGAUAGUUCCAUGAAUUCAGAAAUUAAUUCCAUAGUCUUCGGAUAGGAGGAUCCUUCUAGAGUUCUGUGUACAUGCAGAAGUGCGUGUUCAUGAAAGAACGAGAUAAAGCCAUUGAGGCGAGCACUGACUGGGUCUAGAAAGAAGGUGGACUCCUGUCCGUCUUUGCUUCUAAUUGCAGUCAUUUGGAAUUGCCAUACUGUGUUGGGCAUAGAAAGGAGCCAUCAGCUAGGAAGCUGACUUGUGGCAAUUUGGAUAUGACUUCCAAGAGUCCUCUGGGCGUGGCAAGCCCCACUGUUACCAUGGUUCAUGUGUCUAAGAUGUCUGAAGCAGAUACAAAACAGAGGAUUCAAACCUGCCAUGAUGGGCCAUUCCGGCCCUGAAAAGGUAGGGUGUUCUUUCGGGCCUCACAGAGCCAAGGGGUGGCAGAGGGAACAGUGUUUGAAGUACUUGGUACUCACCGAAUCCACACUGUCAAUUCCAGAACUCUGGAGCUGGUGAGCUGCAGCAGAUGUAGGUGUUUGAGCUCCACAGUUUGUACUGGGCCGGGCGCCUGGGGCUGCUCCAGCUGCACAGCAGCCGAGGGCAUGCCUGCUUCAGCCCUCUAGAAAGCCAGCCUUGGGAGCCGUGUGCUAGUCCCCG